AUGGCGGCGUCCUUCGACCUGCAGCCACCACAGAAGAUGUUUUUAGCUGUGGUAUCGUGUUUGCUGUAUUGUGCAGUCGGCGCUGAGAUGUCAGGUGCUUUGAAUGAUGUUUGGGAAUUCACUGAGAGCUACCUGCUGACUGUGUGGCAGAACAGGUUAUAUGUGUACACUACUGCUGCUGUUCUCAUAGGAGUCUGGCUUACUGUGAACAUGCUUUUCAAAAAGAAAAAAAUGGUCGACCCUAUAAGUCCUCUGCUUUAUAAAUCUGUGAAAAAUCAGGAACUUUCACCUGAAACAGAAAAAGUCCUUCAUGUUUCUGGGGUCAAAGUGCUCUAUGGAUCACAGACAGGAACUGCAAAGGGUUUUGCAAAAGAGCUUGCUGGCGACAUCAGUGCUCAGGGGAUCCAGUGUGAGGUUAUAGAUAUGAAAGAGUACGACCCGGAGGAUAGACUGGCUGAGGAG